UUUUUUUUCUUCCGCAUUCCUACCCUGACAUUGUAUUCUUCAUUCAUUUCUUCAUUUCAUUUCGUUUCACUUCACUUCAUUUCAUACUUCAUAUCUUCAGAUCGCAUGGCCCAUGGAAAGAACAGGUUGUUCUGGCUUGCCAGCCUGGCCAUAGCCUCAAUACCCCUCGCAGUGACCUUUUAUGGCGUCUACAGUGAUCGUCGUUGGGUCACUAUCUUCUCCUUUACACUCUUUGUCAUCUGUCUUUUACUCUCCACCUGUACCUUCCUCUCAUGGAAGACCUUCAAGUUCUCAAUGCCCAUCAUCCUCCAAAUCCUGCGUACCAUCUCUGUCGCUCUCACGCCUCUUGCAUCUAUCCUUCGCGGCAUUCCAGUCCUCGGCAAAGUUACCAAUGGCUCCAUCAAACUGGUCUUUUGGACCUGGUUCAUCAUCUUGAUGAUGUCGGAUGUACUCCUUCGGAGAAUGCUCAAGAUCGCCGUGGGACUUCAUGAGCCCAGCGCAGGGCAAUACUCGACUGUCAAUGCCUGCGAUACAAAUUUCCAGCCCUGUGGUGAAUUUGGGAAGACUCUUGACAAGGAAAAGGUUAAACGGAUCGAAGAGGGCGGACAGGAUUUUGAGCGCGAUCAUGAUUACGAUGAACGCAAAGUUAGUUUGAAACCCCGCACCAGCAAUCACGAUAACAGUAAGCGAUCAAGGGAUCGCCCUAAAUCACUUGAUACAAAGUAUAAAGUGUCUGGAAGAUCUGGAUCAGAUUUAGCAUCCAUGUCGAGCGAAGAUUGGCAUAAAGUGUUGGAGAUGGCCAACAUUGACAAGUCUCGUUACGUACAGGAUGAUAUCAAAAACGGAUUUGAAAAGAAAUUGGAUCAGCAACAGGAGAACCUUAUGGAUCGACCCCGCUAUUCACAACCUAUUGCUACGACCCUAGCCAUGGUAUCCAAGUUAGUUUAUGAAGAUGUGCCCGUAAUUCGCCAUGAACUCGCUCUCUCGGGAUAUGACAUGCAUUCAUUCCGCGCUAUUGCAUACAAGAACACCUGUGGAUUUAUCGUGCAAAAAGGUCGUAACAUUGUACUAGUAUUCCGCGGGACAGAUCCCUUGAAUCUCCAAAACGCAUGGACUGAUAUUCAAUCGCGACUUAUACCCAUCAAGACUCUUGGAGAUGAGGCUGUACCGCUUGGCAAGUGUCAUAAGGGAAUGUACAAUGCCCUGGGUUCGGCUGAAAACUUUCUCUUGCCGUCUGAAGAGUUGGCUCAACAACAGCGGGAACUGAGUCGGCUUCAACAUCGGAGAUAUAGUGAUACAGACAUGGAUGAAGAUGACUAUGGGCUACAUUCAGAAAAGUCUUCUCCAAAACGUCCACACAAAAUUAGCCCAGCUUCAUCUUUCAGAUCCGAGGUUACCAAAGCUAGCACAAUCAAUCUCGAACUGUCCAACCAUUCCGUCUACCAAACGAUAGUCACUUCCAUCCGAGCGGCAUAUAUGUUGGUCAAAUUCCUAAUUGUGGGCCUCUUCACCCACGUGAGCGAUCCAGUUGACUAUCGUUUUGCAGGCGAAGUCAGAGACCUGAGUGCGUUUGCACAAGCAUGCCGGUGGUUGGAUGGGCUGAGACUAGAACAUGCAGAGAAAGAGCUUAAGCGAAUGCACAAAGUGGAUCGGUCUUCAAAGGUUUCACAUCAACGUCGUUCGUCGUCGAAUUCUCGAGCUCUUUCCAGAAGGAGCAGCCUGAGUAAUCUAUAUUCAACUGACGAUAUAGAAUCAUUAGAUAUUAGUAAAGGCCAGGAUAAAGAACACGGGCGAAGAUCCAGUCUUUCUGGUCAUGGAUCAUUUAGAAGCGCCAAGACACGAAGGCUCUCGCUUACAGGACUGCACCAUGCUGGGCAGAGUCAUCAUCGGAGGAGACUUUCGGGAUGUAAAGCAGAUAGCAAAGACUCUGCUCAAUGGACUGACUUGGGCAAUAAGAUUCUAGAUAUUUAUAACCAUCAAUACAGAGAUGAACAAGAAGGUAGCUUUAAAAGAAAGAAGCUUCGCUUUUACAUCUGUGGACACAGUCUGGGUGGCGCUCUUGCUACCAUCUUUCUGGCAAAGAUGGUUCAAUGUCACUCUCCACUAUUGGAUAUAUUUUCUGGGCUUUACACUUAUGGCAGUCCUAAAAUCGGCGACAAGGAUUUCAGUAACGCAUUUGGACCCAAGCUCGCUUGCAAAAUGUUUCAUCAUGUUUACAACAACGAUAUCUUCGCUCGCGUGCCAUUUUGGGGCGCUUAUGAAACUCUUCCAGGAACGCUUGUAUUUGUCGAGUCUUCACAUAAAUUGAUUUUGUACCCUCCAGACCCAGUGACAUUAAUGCCUGUCCCCGUCAGAGGCAUCUCAUUUAUGCAUCUCUCCGGUAUCCUAAACUUACGAGUCAUCAUGAGGAUGCGUAGGGAGUCAUGGCUCCGAAUCUUUGAGCGAAUCGUGUUACCAUUCUUCUUGAAUGAUCAUUUCCCUGGGGACUAUGUCAAGGCACUAGCAGAGGGUAAGAUUGAAAUCGUAAUGGAGGAUACAGCGCAUUACGGAGGUGUAGACGAGGCAGAGACUGGAAGCCCUGUUCAAACAGGACUUUUUACAUUUUUCAAGAACAAUGGCGACGCUAAUGCAUUGGGAAGAGAAAAGGCAGUCAACGAGACCUCUUCGCCUUUGGCUAACCGCGCCCAUGCAGUGGACCGACUCGUGUCCAGAAGGUCAUCUUGUUCUAAUGGCGUUGUAACCACAACAAUAAUAAAGCCUAAUGGCGCACCUGAUAUGUUUUCAGGAGAUAACGAUAGCGGAUAUGGAGGAACAGGGGAUCGUUCAGAGGAUAUGGAUUCGUCUCGAGUUCGCCGAAGGAUUGUCAAAUAUACCUAUCACCAAGAAGGCGAUGAUGAUGAAGAGGAGGAAGAGGAGGGAUAUUACCGUGGUAAUGAUUCUCGCCGAUCCAAGGAGAGGAACAGGAACAGAGACGAAGGAUGUGGCGUGGAAGGUGAUACGCGAUGGAGAGAGCUAGCAUCCGAGUCUGGAUCAGAAAUCAGAAGACAGAGGUGGAGGUCAAGCUUGACAACAAACGUGAGAAGAAGAUCUCGACAAUGAAGAAACGUUUGGGAUAACCUCCGUAUACUUUCCUGCCGUCAAAUCAUCAUACUGUGUAUAAUAGAAAAAGAAAUCUUUCUCAUUU